AGUAUGUAUCGUCAUUUCAAUAAAGGAUCAUGGACAUUCUCUGAUCAAGACCAUGGUUGGACUCUCUCCGACGGCACAGCAGAGGCUCUUAAGUGUCUGCUACUCCUUGGGCAAAUGCAUCCGGAAAUUGUAGGAGAAAAGGCCGAUGCUCGGCGCUUGUAUGAAGCUGUAGAUGUUUUGCUUUAUCUUCAAAGUCCCAACAGUGGUGGUUUUUCUAUCUGGGAGCCUCCUGUUCCGCAACCAUAUAUUUGCUUGAUGCCCCAGCCUUCCUUCUUGCAUCUAACUAUUUUAUCAAUUCUGCUCUGA